AGCCGCUUCGGUUCAGUUCCCCCUCGAGAGUGGACCUCAUGUCUGGUGUUUAUUGAACAUUUACCGCGCUCACUUUUGAACCAUGGUCCCCAUGUUCUUGCUCGUCUCGUCCACGAUCGUUGCGCAUUGUGCUGGUGUGACCCUGCUGGCGGCUCAGGAGGAGGUAAAGAUGGUAGAACACCCGAUGUACCCACACAUGGGGGUACUGGACAGAGCGCGCCUGUACAUGUUCUUGGCCAAUGCGACGAAUUACCGUGAAUUCGGCUCUGGUGGCUCGACAGUGCAGGCCGCCACGAGGUUCAAGAACAUCCAGAAGAUCGUCGUUUCGGAGUCGGACAACAAGUUUGUGCACUACCUGCUUGGGCGAAGCGACCUGAGGCGUGAGGCGGCAAGCGGGCGCCUGGUCCUGCGGCACGCGGACGUCGGUCCGGUCAGGGGUUGGGGCUUCCCGAAGGACCGGUCCCAUGUGAAGCAGUGGCCCGCGUACUCGUCGUACAACAACAGCAUGGCCGAGUUCGAUCCGCCGUUCUGGUUUGACAUGGUGUUCGUGGACGGGCGGUUCCGAGUCGCGUGCCUUCUGAAGGCACUUAAGGCAACCCCCUCGGACCGCGUCGACCAGACCGUCUUCGCCGUUCACGACUACAAGUCCCGCGCUUACAGAACAACGGAGGAGAUGGAGGAGUCCAGUCAGACGAUUUCGUUCUUCGCCAACCGUUUCGUGAUCCGGCCUGAAAACAUACCGCAAAAGUGGCACGAUGAAUCGCGCAAGGGCGUUGUCGAGGACAAUCUGAAUGAAGAGGACAACACCCUCGCUCUCUUCCGAAAGAAGAAGGACUUUGAUGAAUCGAAGCUGGACGCAGCCAUAGCGAAGUACGAGUUACAAUUUGAUUAGGGCGUCGAGCAGCGUGUCACCUUAGCCCGGGUAGCCUUUUGCAAUUGGACGAAGAUCGGGGGCCCCCAAACGGUGCGGUGACCAGACCGUGUGGUGAGUCGGUGGGGAUUCGGGGUCACCGCACGGUUUUGGGACUCGGGUCGUCCUCCGAGGAUGUCUCGGGCGACUGGAGCCUCCAGGGUCCCAAAACCGUGCGCUGACGGACCGUGCGGUGAGGUCUUGGGGGAUUUCGAAGUCACCGCACGGUCUGUCACCGCACCGUCUUGGGACUCUCAAGAAGAGGUUGAGGAUAAGAAUGUUGAGCGGUAUUAGGGGCAUGGUCAUCAAGGAGAG